AUGUCUUCAUUUGCUGACGAGACGGCGGGCGAUGUGCUCGUUAAAGACAUCACCCUAAACCUUCCUCAAGUUGGAGUGGGAUUACCAGAGUCACUGAUGGCCCAGAAUGUCCGUGCACAGCAGGCGAUCUCGCGGGUGAGCAGGGAGGAGCUGGAAGACCGGCUCCUACAGCUCCAUGAGGAAAACCUGCUCCACAAACAACACACCCAGAAACAGGAAGACAAAAUCAAGAGGACGGCCACCAAGCUGGUGCACUUAGUGAAGGACUGUUGGCGGGAGGAGCAAGUAUUUGCAGGCGUGGUGCAUCCAGGGGGCUGGGACAUGGAGCUAGAGGAUAUGAUGGAGGAGCUGCAGGAGAAGGUCCAGGAGCUGCAGAAUGAGGCCCUGAAGCAGUGUCUGCUGGCCGCCAAACAGCAGCUGCAGACGCAGAGCAAACAAACCACCCCCUACUGCUAUGUCCAAUUACGUGUCAACACGGUGCGGAGGCUGAGGGAGGACACGGUCACACCCCUCACUGCUCCCAGAGGAAUAGAAAUAGAAUAGAUACUUUAUUUUCCAUUUGGUUAGAACGGAAAUGUAUCUUCUGCCUUUUCCGACACCAGAGCUGAGAUCCGUAACCUCAACAUUCCAUCUGUUAUAGUAAUGCCUUUCUCUCUCUCUCUCUCUCUCUCUCUCUCUCUCUCUCUCUCUCUCAGAGACCAGCUGAGGAGGAAAGAGAGGGGGUUUGAAUAAUCACUCCUCCACCUGAAUCAGUAGACCACUGGACAGCGGUCUACUAUCAAGGACAAGGUGGAGAUGAUCCGGCUGCAGAAACAGCUAGGUGAGAAGGGCAACGCGUUCACUGUGCUCGAGGGCAGAUUCCUACAACUCCAAGAGAGUCAGUAGACCCUGAAGGCCAGUCAUGAAGCUGUGAUGACCAAGAUGGACGAGCUCACGGGCCAUCUGAAAGAUAAGCAACUGAGGAGUCUUGGCCUGGAGAGCCAACUACAGGCCAACUCAUUCUCAUAGAGGAGGUAACCUUGCAAUAAAUUUAGGCUGGAAACACAGUUGCAGGAGCGAAUCCAUGAUCUGGAGAAGGAGAGAGAGCUGCUAAAAGAGAACUGUGAUAAACUAAUUAACAGUGCUUUCUAUGUAAUCCGAGAACAGAAAUUUGGGACGUUGCUGAAACUACAGUUAGUCCAGCUAGAGGUGGCACUGAAGUCUGACCUGACAGACCAAAACAAGAUUCUGGACAAGAUCAAAGUUGAAAGAGAAGAGGCGCCAGCAGCAGAAGAUGAGGAUCAGACUGAAUCGAUCCUCUCAGACAGUGAUGACUGCAUUGUUCCUGGCCAGUCCUCCAUGGGAUGGAAGACAGUGAGGCCUGAGUCUCGGGCGGCAGCAGACAGCACCGUGGUCAGGCUGUUUGUUGAGUACUCCCUGUUGGACAUUCCCUCUGAGGAGACCCCUCUCUCCCUGCCCAAGCCCCCACCUGGCAAGACCAGCCACUACAACUACAGCAACGGUAAGGGAUAA